AUGCACACUGCGACGGAGGCUCUUGGCCCUUGCGCCGAUUGGCUAGAACCAAAUUUCCGCGCGAGUGACGGCUCGCAGCUCAGCUGCUUUGACUUAGCCUUCCAGUACGGCUUGUGCGACGACCCGGCUUACGGCUGCCAGAUCAAGCGCGAGUGCCCUGCCUCCUGCGGCGCGUGCAUCGAUGCCUGCACAGCAAAUACCCCGGGCAGCACCUCUUACAUCGUGAACGGCGAGGCUGCCCUCUGCUCGGCACUCGAGGGCUACUGCGAACACGCACAGUUUGGGACUGAGAUUACUGCAGCGUGCCCCACGACUGACGGCUCGCAGCUCGACUGCUUUGACCUAGCGGUCGAGUAUGACAUGUGCGACGAUCCAACUUACGGCUGCCAGAUCAAGCGCGAGUGCCCAGCCUCCUGCGGCGCGUGCAUCGAUGUCUGCGCGGCAGAUACCCCGGGCAGCGCGUCUUACAUCGUGGACGGCGAGGCUGCCUCCUGCUCAUCGCUUGAGCGGCUGCCGGCAAACACAUGCGCCUCCCGCUUCGAUUUUCGCACAAGUGAUGGCUCGCAGCUGAGCUGCUUUGACCUAGCCUUCCAGUACGGUUUGUGCGACGACCCAGCUCACGGCUGCCAGAUCAAGCGCGAGUGCCCAGCCUCCUGCGGCGCAUGCAUAGAUGCCUGCGCGGCAGAUACCCCGGGCAGCACCUCGUUCGCCAUAAACGGCCAGGCUGUUUCAUGCUCAUCGCUUGAGCGGUUUUGCGACCACGCCCACUUUAGAGCUGGGCCACUGGCCGUGUUCUCACCGCCGCUGCCGCCUGCGUGUGCGGACUGGCUAGUUCCAAGCUUCCUCGCGUAUGAUAUGACCCAGCUCAGCUGUAGCGACUUGGCGUUUGCGUACGACUUGUGCCACGACGCCGCCUACGGCUGUCAGGUGAAGCGCGAAUGCCCUGCGUCAUGCGGCGCCUGCAUCGAGAAUAACAGCGGCGUGCCCCGCGACAUGCGCAUGCGGAGGGUGCCGACGGAUCAAUCCGCAGUCUUCAACGGCGCCGCCGUCGCCAACGUCGCCCUUUCGACUGCAUCCGCCUUCGAUGCCCCCACCUCUGCUUCCAGCACCAUCGCCUUUGACGCCACCCAACAUAGUACCGUCGGUGAGGUGGAGCAGGUCGCGCCCGCCGCGAGCCGCGACGGGAGGAGGAGCGAGGGCGCGAGCAGCCAGGCGGCGGCCUCCUCCUCCAGGCCUUGCCUCGCGACGCUGCUUCCCGACCCCAAGGACAAGCACGCCGGCGUCGUGCCGGCCGCAGAGUGGGAGCCGCUCUCUGACGGAGAGCUCGAGGUGGUUCGGGCGAUCCGCGGCUGGCUGGGCGAGGAGGCGGCAGCGGCCUGCCCGCGCGACCUCCUCGUCACCUUCACGCGCGGCUACGCCUACCGCCCCGACUGGUCGCAAGCGUCGUUUGUGUUUUUGGAGCGCGCGCUGGCGUGGCGCGAGGAGAUGGGCGCAUGCGGCAUCUGCUUCGGAGCCCCGCCGGCGAGGAGAGAGCUGUUCGAGGAGCUCUGCCCGUCGGGCCUCAUCGGCCAUCUCGUCGUGCUCGAGCGGCUUGGCCGGGUGCGAGGAGUCGCGGAGGUGCUCGCGCUCUGGGGGAGUGGUCCCUCCUCAGCCGAUGCCGCCUGA